AUGAACUCCGCCACUCUUCUCCUCUUCCCACCACCUCCAACAAAAUUCCCCAUCUCGAUAUCCACACCCUCUCCACGCCUAAUCUAUUUCCCCAACCCAAAAUUCAAUAUUUCGGUGUCCAUUAACCUCACCCGACACGGUAACCCACGACCCGACUUCAGGGUCUGGGCUGACGACGGAGACGCAGACGGAGGAGACCCGGAUGACUAUGACAUGGAUGAGGAUGAGGUAGAAGAAGUAGAUAAUAAAAAAGACUUCGAUGUUGAUUACGGUACUGCAACCGCUCUGGCCGCCAUUUCCGCCACCGCAGGCGAUGGCGGAGAUGAUGAUAUUGAGAUGGUGCAUAGUAAGAGCUUCGUUUCCACUCAGGGAUGGGACUCCGAGAAAAUCGUGGAUUAUCGGAUUAAUGAGGAUGAAUUUCACAAAAUUUGUCUUCUUGAUUGCGAUUUUUUCAUAAGGAAACCGCCUGACCCAGAUAAUGAUGUCUAUGAUUUCCGCGAGAUGUAUGUUACACCCCCAGAUACUGAUAUAUAUGCUGUUCCGAAGGUUCUCGCACCAAUGCCUCAAAAGUACAUUCGAUGUGCACAAAGCGAUUUUGGAUGCUACAAUGUGACAGAGCCACCCAUUGAUGCCCCUAGAGAUCCGAUGUACAAAUCUGAGAAAGAAGUCUUAAAGGUUUUCCUGACAAAGCAUUACAGGAAUCGCCGGCUGGGUGACCCAGAAUUUACUCUUGAUUUUGAGGAGAUCUAUGUAAUUGAUUCAAAAACAAAAUCAAUCUCCAGAGCAAAAGUCUUGGUGACAGUUCCAGGUGGAAGGAAUAGGGACAGGAAGAACGAUUUGCUGGUCAUUCGAGAUAAUGGAAACUCCUUCAAGAUAAUUCCCCCGGGUGAAAGAGACGACCCUACCACUGUGAUAGAGAAGGAGGAGUGGAACAAAACAAGACAAGAUAUGGAGAAGCAUCUUAGGAAAUUAAGAGAUUUUAGUGUUUCAAAUUGGUUCUAA